GGAAUCCAACAUAACCCUCAUGGUAUAGUAUAAUCCUCAAAUUCUUCCCAGCUAAACUAGACAUGACACCGAUCAACGUCAGACCGAUUUGUAAGCCGGGUCGCCGUGGGUCACUCUGCACUCAAAAAACCGGGCAUUCUGGCAUCUGCAUCUGCAUCUGCGGCAUUCUGCCCCCGUCUCCUACUGACGGAUGAACCACAUUCAUUGACAUUGACAUUGUGUGCUAUUUGGACGGCAUUGAUUGCAUCAAUCCUCUGAGUACUUCAUCAUCUUUACACCACUAUACCGCAGUCCGCCACAGGGCAUCUAUCCUUCUUGCUUAUCAGUGACUGAUAAACGGCCCAAUCACCACCCCCUACGUCAUACACAACUACUUUGUACGCUACGCAAUGGUCAAGAUCGGGGUAUUUCCUGCAUCAGGCGGGCUGGGCACGAGCGUCAUCAACCAUCUGACCAAACUGGUUUCCCCCUCUGAGUUGGUCCUGGUGGCUCGGAAACCUGGGGGUCUGGAUGCGCUGGCCCGGGCGGGGGCGACGGUGCGACAGGCGGACUAUGAAGAGCCUGCGACGCUGGCGGGUGUGUUUGAGGGAGUUGAUGUGUUGAUGUUGAUUUCUUAUGCGUCGUUUGAGAUCCAGUUCCGCGUGGAGGUAGAGUGUUCCCGAGUCCCGAGUCCCGAGAUACCUCUUGUAGCUGCAGACGUUGACGGAGAACAGGCACAUGAAGUCGCUAUCGAUGCAGCGCGCCGCAGCGGCGUCAGGCACAUCUUCUACUCGUCGCUUGCGUUUGCAGGGGAUCUAGAACCGACUAGCGCCGCGCACGUGAUGGGCGCGCAUCUGCGGACGGAGCAGCUCCUCGCCGAACGAUCGGGUGGUGGCUUCACCUACACCGCUAUCCGGGAGGGGCUGUACUCGGAGUCGUUCCCGAUCUACACCAGCUGGUUCGAUAUCCACCACCCCGCUGACGAGGUGGCUAUCCCGCAUUCUGGCGAGGGGCCGGGGGUGGCGUGGGCGAAGCGCGACGAGCUGGGCGAGGCCACCGCGAGGAUCAUCGUGGACUAUGCGGCUGCCACGGACCCCGCGGGGUUCCCGUACCUGAACCGGGUGGUGUUGCUGUCGGGUCCUGCGGUGCUGUCGCUGCGGGAGACGGUCGAGGAGCUGGGGCGCGCGGUUGGGAAGCCACGGCAUUAAUCUGACGCGGCAGUGGGCGUCCGCGUGGGAGGCUAUUCGGCAGGGCGAGACGGCAGUGGUCUCGCCGCUGCUGGAGGAAAUCCUGGGACGAGAGCCCGAGAGCUUUGCGAUGACCGUGCGGGCUCUAG